AUGCCAUAUACACGAAUGGAAUUUCGAUCGGGCUGGUUAGAAGAAUCAGAAACUACGCCUAUUGUGCGGGAAAACAUCGUUGCAGAUGAGCAAUCAAGGGAAGCGAGACACGAAUUCCAGUAUCAGUUACCCGACAACUAUAAAGUAUUGAAACGCAUACCAACCCUAACUACCAUUGAUAAACCAACAAAAACCAUCAAGACGCCUUCCACAAGAAUCGACGAACUCCUCAAACGUUCAGCGGAAGACUCUCCAAGGCCAACGACAACCCAUAACAACCUAGUUCCGCACUGGAGUUACCAAAAAAACUCCCUGGCGGUAGCAUGCGUCCUCAGUGCCAUCACCGUACUAGCCAUCAUAUUCCUUAGCGUCCUCACUGUCCGGAAGAUCCGGAGAAGCUGGAAGCGCCACAAGCGCGAAAGGAAAGACUAUGACGCUUUCAAACAUCGAACCGACGUGAAUAAAAGUAACAGAAACUCCAAUGCCUGCUGUAUAACCAAAAGCAAGUCUAGUCGUGAAUCGAUGAUGUAUAGUCGUGAUAACUCACCGUCGGGGGGUUACGUCGUCGAGCAAACAGGGGGAUCUGUGACCCGCGUGUAUCGCGAAGGCAAUAAUGUUUCGAGCCAGACGUUCGAUUCUAUCGGUGCUUCUCCGGAACAAAGGAGCCCUCCCUGUGAGAAUAAGCGGACUCUAGGAGGUCGGGCUGAUUCGCGUACGCCUUCGGGAAAAGGGCGUGCUGGUUCAAUUCCGAGACCGAUUGUCGUGGUGCCAUCUCCACUGAGACAUGUCUCCUCGCAGAAAGCCACUCCUGUUAUGCAGUCUACCAGUUCCAGCACACCUGAUUCUGAGCAGCCACCCGUGUCCCCUGCUUCGCUGCAAGAUCCCGAACCAGCGGGUAGAACUUCCAACCGCAACUCGUUGCUUCGGUUGCCUUCUAUCAAGAAAUCUAUAUCUCCUUUGUUCAGUCUUUGA